AUGAAGCCGUAUGACCGAAACGAUCCUAACACUUGGAGUUCAACUGAAAUUAAAGAAUGGUUGUCAGAGCGUCGCAUAGAAUACAAAGGCAUUCCAGAAAGGCAAGAGUUGGUCAAUUUAGUCAAUACUCAUAAGACUGAGGUAUCAAAGUCAACUAAAGAAGCUAUGGAAGAUUUUGUAAAUCAAUAUAUUGUAUCCCUUAAAGAAUUGGUUCCUGAGAAAUUCGAUGAAUACACCCAGAAAAUUGCUGGUCAAAUUGAAAAGCUUAGACAGACAACUUUUCUCACCGAAGAACAGGUUAAUCCUGUCUUUAAUCAAAUAGUCGAACGGUUAAAAGAAACGAAAGCUGCUACGGAUAAAAAUUUAGAAAAGGCUCUUAACCAAAUCAAAGACUCUUAUGCCCUAGCUAGAGAACGUAGAGAUGCUAUUAUUCAUGAUGCUUCAAACAGAAUUGAAAGAGAUAUAUCAACCAGUAAGGAAGUUUCUCAAAACACUUUGGACUGGUUUAAAGAAGAAAUUAAUAAAUUGAACGAGACAGGGGCUUUUACUAAAUCACGUCUUGGAACUCAAAUCAGCCUGAUUUUACAUGGUAUUCAGGAGAGAUUGACACAAAAUAAAAUCGCGACUGCUGAUCAAAUUAGCGCCAUUUAUGAUAAAUUAAGUGCGGCUGUUGGUGAUUCUUAUCGGUCCAUUAAUGGAACUUUAGAACGAAUUCGUAAAGAACUUAGUAAUACAAUUGGAAGUGCUGCUGAAACUGUUAUUGAAGAAGUACGAAAUCAGUUAUCUACCGUUAAUGAUUAUCGUCUUCUGACUCAGGAGAAAUUUCAGGGUAUACUUGAUAAUAUUGGUCAAAAAUUCCAAGAUGGCAAGACUUUAACUGUUGAACAGCUUCAAUAUGUAAAAGAUACAAUCAAUCGAGGUUUUGGUGCCGUCGUAUAUUACUACAAUUCUGCUACUAAUCAGGUGAAACAAGCUGUGUACGAGACUAAGGAAGAUAGAGAAGAACGAAAAAAGGGGACCAAAAAACUUUCCCUGCAUGAAAUAGAACAUGAUAUCACGCUACAACAACUUAAUCCUGGACAAGCAAGGAUCCUUUCCGAUGUCAUAAAGGAACAGUUUGGAAAUCUACAAAAUAUUCGGGAUAUCACUGAAGAAAAGGUUACUUCUUUUUUGACUUCUCUAAAAGCCAGGUUUGCUGAUACUGCUGAAUAUGUAGGCGAAACUUAUGAUACUAUUAAAGAAAGAGUUUAUGAUGAAUAUGGUAAUUUGGGUGAACAGUUGGGUGAAGGUUAUCAGGCCGCUAGAAACAAAGCUUCGGAAGGUUAUGACAAAACAUCCGAGAAAAUAGGGUUUGAUAAGAUGAAAGAGCAAUUAAGACAUGAAAAAGAUGAAUUGUAA